GGUGGUGUAAAGGUGAUCGGGCAUCAGGAUUCCCCAGUUUUCUCCCUUUCCCGUUCCUGAGUCACGGGUCCCUUCGCAGCGGGAAGUCAGGGUCUCCAACUGACCUUUUUAAUGGGCAAGGGUGUGGAUCUACAUAUGCUGGAGGAAACACCUGACGAUGUGGAAUCCCAAUGCUGGGCAGCCAGGGCCAAAUACGUAUCCCCCUAAUGUUGGGUACCCUGGAGGUUCCAAUCCUGCCCAUCCACCGCCUGUCAAUCCUGCCUAUCCACCGCCUAUCAAUCCUGCCUUUCCUCCAGGCUCCUUUCCCACUCCCCCAGGAGCGCCCCAGGGGAAUCCAGCUUUCCCCCCAGUUGGGCCCCCUCAUCCUAUGCCACAACCAGCUUAUCCAGGAUACCAACCAUCAGGUCCCUACCCCCCUCCAUACCCACCACCUGCUCCUGGCAUGCCUCCUGUGAAUCCCUUGGCUCCCGGCAUGGUAGGACCAGGAAUGGUGAUGGACAAGAAGAUGCGGAAGAAAAUGAAAAAAGCUCAUAAAAAGAUGCACAAACACCACAAGCAUGGCAAGCAUUCCUCCUCCUCCUCCUCUUCCAGCAGUGACUCUGACUGAAUACAGGGUCUGGACCCUUCCCUCAAGUUUCUCCAGUUCUGCUCUCCCAUCAAGCUUCAGAUGCCAUCUUGUACUGGGGGAAAUUAGCCUUUGCAUCCCUCUCCCCUUCUCCCCCAAUCUGAGCCUCACUCUGCUGUUCAGCCCUAACUGGUUAGGGGAAAUGGGAAAAGAAUUGCCAUGGGCUAGCAUAGGCCAUCUUCUCAGUGCUUGGAUAGAACUUUUAGCCGAUGAGUUUUGCAGAACUAUUUUUUGAAGAUGGUGAAACUUUUGAGCUAAAUGCUGAAGAUAAGUCUAAGAUCUAGAAAAUGUGAUUUUAUACUUUCUUUUGUAAUAUUUGUAGUUGGGGAGGUGUUGUGGAAGCUUAAUUAUGAGAGGGGAAAAAAACAAAGAACAAACUAUUUAAAAAUAUGUAUAUAUAUCUUUAUUGAUUUCAGGGUGAGGA